ACAUAACCAGGAAGCGGAAGAAGAGGCUUAGUAAGGAGCCCGGUCACUUGCCAGGUGAAAAAACUCACUUCCCGUCCUUGAUUGCAGCAUGAGGAACGUGGGCAUCAAAGGCAAAGCAAUGAAGAGCUCAACAUCUGAUAAAUCUCAUCUGAUGACUUCUCCGUCCAGGGAGCCCCAAAGUACCCCGUCAAGGGGGGGUGAACCCAACAGGGACCAGGGCCGGAAAAACAUUGAAACUAGAGUGUCAAGAAGAGAUUCCCCAGCCACCUCCACAGUUCAUCGGGAAAGACCUCGCGGCAGUCGGGGACGUGGUUAUCAAUCAAACUUGAGGCAACUUACAAUUAAAGACGUAUUCGGACAGACAGUAUUGAAAGAGACUUCAAAUAACCGUGAACUAACAGAAUCCACCGAAGUGAUAGAAACAGCAGAAUCCACAGAAGUGAUAGAAACAGCAGAAUCCACAGAAAAGAUAGAAACAGCAGAAUCCACAGAAAAGAAAGUGAAAACUGAAUCUACAGCUACGGAAAAGAAAGAAUCCAUCUGUGUGUCCUACAUAUGGGAAAAUGAAGGCAUUGUGCGUGACACUACAGAUUUAGAUACACCUAUUAUUGAAUUUGCCAAAGCUAAUCCUUCACCAGCUAAAAAGUCCGGCUACCUCUUUAUCUGUGCCCGGAAUGUUAAUGCAAUAGUCAACCCCUGGGUACCAUGUGGAGCACUGCAAGAAAGUGAGGUACUGGAGUUAAAAGUCAAGAAAAUGACACCAUCCAGUGAACAAAAUAUUGAUAAUAUUAUGGCCCCUGAAAAGUAUAAAUACCCUGUAUUUCCUGAUAGUAUCUUUUUAAAGGUAAGUUAUCAAGGAAGGACAGGGGGGGGGAAACCUGUGAAAAUAUUACAUAAAAUGCAGUACUACGGUAAACACAAACAUAUGGCUGUCUUAGGCUAUCCAGGUGAGACGAUACAUCAGGCUCUUCAAAAUGAUAAAAGGUUUGCCAUAACUGGUCAGUUCAGUCUUGAAGACUCAUCUUGCACAAGACAUAAAAGUCAUGUGUUAUUGUCUGACCUUACUCCUAACGACAAAUACACCAUUGUCGUGGAAAAUUGUUUACCACGGAAAACCUUGGCAAACAAAGAUGUACAAAAUAAUGAGGGUAGCACAUCUUCUGUACCUAAUACAUCAGCUCCCCAGUCUGAACCAUAUACGAUCCCUUGUCACCAACCUAAAGCAGUCUCCUCACGUGUCAGCUCCAAGUUUUCAUCUGAGUUUAAAAAAUUUGCCAAAAUCAUUGGAGAAGAGCAACUGAAGUCUGAGCUUGAAGAGAACUUCAGAUAUAAUGUUGUGUACAAGGAUCCAAUGAUGGCUACAACCUUCCAACUACUGAACAAACACUUAGACAAUGUAGCAUUACUUACGUAUAAUGUUGGGCAUGAGAUUAAAUCAGGGACCCUCUUCCUUCUCACAGCGGAGCUUGGUAUUACCUGUUACCAUGUAGUGGAACUGCUCAUUGAGUCACAUGCGGUUAGUAAUGUCAAAGUUAUAUUCAAUUAUGAAAGUGAAGAAAAAGAAGCCAAUAACAGAUACAAAAAAGUUGAAUGGCAUAAUAAAGAGCUUGACUGCGCUUUUGUGCGUGUUAAAAUAUCCGAAGCUCCUCCAGGCUUGCUAAAUUACAUAGCUCCUCCACCACAAGAUGGCGCUGUGACUAUAAUUGGUUACCCUCAAGGAAAGCCAAAACAAAUCGAUCUUCAGUGUUCAGUGAUUAAUUAUCAUAAGCGUGCAGAAUCUAUUGCUGGCACACUAUUGUCUGACAGGUCCUAUAUUCAUGUACUGACAAAAUACAGUUUUAUGUAUAUGUCUGAUAAAACCUUAAUGACCUAUGAUUCCUGUUUGUAUGAGGGGUCGUCAGGCUCCCCAGUUUUCAAUAAUUGUGGGGAACUUGUGGCAGUGCACACAGGGGGGUAUCUCGCUGACACUUCUCUAAAAAAGAAGAGUGUGAUAGAGUAUGGGCGAAGUGCUGUUGACAUUGUUAUCCAUGGGGCCAUUCACUUACAAGAGGUAGGUGACCUUUUUAGGAAACUUGUUAAAGAAAAAGAAAAUCUGCACAGGUAUUUGCAACCCGGUGAGCAUCCAGAUAAGAUGCAGCCUAUUAUCAGACAGCUUUUGCAGCAGUGGAAAAAAAGUGACAGUCAAAUAGAGCAGAAUCCUGGAGUCAACACUAGUGAUAAUUUAAAUGAUGUGUCUGAUUCUGAAAUGGACACCUCAACAUGAAUGAAGCCUCUCACACUUGGUACUGCAAUUAGUUAUCCAGCAGCACAUUGUCUAAUUAGUCUUACAUGCCAACCUGAUCAUUGUGCAACCAUAUUACAAGUUUAAUCACCAUUUACUAUAUAUAGCACUUUCUCCCUGUCUCUCUCUAUAAAUGAUCAUGUAGGCAUAGAUAGUACCGCUUUUCUUUUCUGUUUUAUCAUAAGAAUAGUAUCAACUAGCAAAAUUAUAGUUACCCCAACACACACGAAAAGGGUUCAAUGCUUACAAAAAAUUAUAAAAAGAGACAGAAUAAAAUGACAUAAAACAAGCAAAACAGUUAUAAAAUAAACGUAAGAAAAACACAAAAAAAACUAACUUGCAAACCAUAGUCCUACUAAAUCCUUUAGGGUAUGAGGAAAUAUGGAAACACACUCAGAUCUUGGCUGAUCCCCGCAUGUGUAAUACUGUUCAUAUGGUCAGCUUAGAUUUUCACCUGCCCUGACAUUACAAUAUAAAUACUUGACAAUGAGAUGCAAAUAAAAUGUUCAAAAUAUACCGCGGCACUCUCUUUUCUU